AAAGGAAAAAGUAUUGGGCAUAUCAUAAAAUUAUUAGAAACCCCGGAAUCAUCUUCGUCAUUCUUAAUGGAUAUGGAUUCUAAUUUACCUAGUCCAUUGCUUGUAAAAAUCGCUAUGAAGAUUAAUAAGUUUAAUGAUUACUCGUCUACAGAUAAAAAACUUAUAAAAGUAGAAGAAUGCCGUCAAUUUGGAGAAAUGUUAGGAAAUACGAUAUGUAAUGAACAUAAAGAUAUUGAAAAAAAUCGAAAUAA